AUGGAGGACCAUUUGGUCGCUUCUCGGCCCCCCCUGCAGGGCUACGAGCAGCAGCAGGAGCAGCAGCAGCAGCAGCACCAGGAGCAGCAGCAGCAGCAGCAGCAGCUGCCACAACAACAACAACAACAGCAGCAGCAGCAGCAGCAGCAGCAGCAGGACAGCACAGGAUACGGCCAGUUGAGCUCUAAUGCUUCGGGUCCUUCAGGAGCUUCUUCUUCAAACGAGGGGUGUCAGAGAAGGGGGGGUGCGCAGGAAUCAGCAGCAACAGCAGCAGCAGCAGCAGCAGCAGCAGAUGCUGCUGUUGCUGCAUCUAAGGGUGAAGCGGAGAGGGGAGAGGAUGUGAAAUUGAGGGAUUCUGUGGCGGUGGGGAUUCCAGCAGCAGCAGCAGCAACUGCAGCACCAACAGCAGCAGCAGCAGCAGCAGCAGGAGCAGCAGAUGUCUGCCGCGUGUCUAGAAGGAGACAGUUCGAUGAAAAGUCGUAUCCAGUUGUGGAAGAGGGAGUAGAGGAGACACCUCAGGAGGGUUUGAGUGGCGCAUGCAUGCAGCGUACAGGCAGCAGCAGUGUCUCUUCUCUGCAGCAGCCGCUGCUGAGUGUCUCUUCUUUGCUGCUCGCUGAUCUUAGAGAUGGUGUUGCUCCUCCUGCAGCAACACAGGGGGCCCGGAGGGGUCUCAGGGAGACGCUUGUUUCUUAUGCAAGGAGACUGCUAAGAGGAGACAGACACCGGGAGCUUCCUGCCUGGGGGGGUGUUAAUAGAGAUGCUGCUCGCAGCCCUUGGGAAGGUGGUGCAGCAGCAGCAGCAACAGCAGCAGGAGCAGGAGCAGGAGCAGGGGCAGCAGCAGCAGCAGCAGGAGACGCAGUGGGAGGUCAGGAGUUGAGGAGGAGACUGUAUGAAGGGGACAGCAACAAUAACAGCAGCAGCAGCAGCAGCAGCAGCAGUUUAUCUCGCAGCAGCUGCAUGCAGAGCAAUUCUUUAUUAUGGCGUGGGUGUGAGGGCUGCGGCAGUACAACUGCUGCAUCUACUUCAACAGCAGCAGCAGCAGCUGCUGCUGCUGCUGCUUCAAGUAGUGCAGGUGCUGCUGAAAGGAGACAGCUGCCCAGUGGUGUCUCCUUAUCUCUUUUAGGCUCUCUUCCUCAGAGAAAUCGCAGAUUUGUUGUUGUAGAGAUUGCAGGCGGGUCUUGUCAGCGGCGAGCUGUACAGACACCUGAGUUACUACGUAUUGUGCAUCUUCAUAACCCUAAGGGGACGCUUCAAGACUCUCAAGUUGGUGGUUUAAAGCUGCGCGAUCUAAGACAGGUUGUGUCUCCUUCAGGAGACAGUAGGCCGAGCAUUGAAGAGGGGGUGGGUGGGGAAGGAAGUCGAUACGAACAGUAUGAGUCUCUCAUUUCUACUUUGCUGCACUUGAACGAAUUCAAGAGGUCAGGGCCUCCAGAGUUUGCUGCUCUGGAGGCUCUCUUAGUGCAUGUAUGUCUCUAA